AUGAAUGGCUCAUAUUCAAGUGAUGCAGCUUUCGAUGCACAAGAAGACUAUCCCAAAUCACAACCAAAUGUGUGCAUCCCUUGUGCGCUAGGGACGUGUUUAAUUCAUUUUCGUGAAUUUUCAUCAUCCAGCUUCGUUGAUCCGGUUUCUCUGUUUUGCUUAGAUACGUAUCCAAAUGCUGGCCAGAUGCAAUCUGACAGUGAAGUCAUUAAGCCCGAAAGAAAGGUAAGAAAUACUUUUACCUCAAAUCCAUUUCAUUCUUUGCAUACCGAUUCCUAUCAUGUUUCGCAUUCUCCUAAUGUUGAUGUUUCGUCCGCCGAAUCCAAAGUCAAAGCCAAAGAAACGGUGGCUCCUAUUCUGGAUUCCAAGUCAAACCUGUCUACUGAGGAAAACGAGAUUUCUACUGCUUAUUUCCCAAAAAAUGUACCAGCUCACGCUUCCGCUUUAAAUUCAGAUUUUUUUGAAAAAUCCAAGUCGUCACCCCAAUCUUAUAAUUCACCACCUUUCUCUUUGUCGUCUGAAUUCUCACAGGACUAUAGUCCAUACCGCAGCACAACUCCUCAUCCAUUGACGAGUACUGCCGCAGGCACGGCACCGUCCAGUCAACAUGUUGAUACUGGCUCUUCAGAACACACCCAAGCUACUUCAUUAAAGGAACAUAUGGAUGACCUUGGAUUUGAUGACUCUUUAUCUUAUGCCUAUAUCCUAAACCCUACUUCCGACUCUGAUGUUGAUUUAAUACGCCAGUAUUUUAUUUCAAAAGAAGGAUCCUAUUCCAUCAACGAUAUGCAUAUUAAAUACGUCUCUGCAGAUCCUAAAACACCAAUCAUGUAUAUGGUUGAUCCAGCCUACGAGCCGUCCAAGCAGGUAGCACGGGACGAAAAACUCCAAGAAAUAUUUGAAUUUCUUGAUGCCACUGUCGAUAGCGUCCUUUCUGAAAAGCUCAUCAACCUUUACUUCCUUUAUAUACACCCUACGUAUCCGGUUGUUCACCGUGAGCGAUUCUUAUUAUUAUUUCAUACAUCGAAAAACAAAAUAUCACCGAUUUUGUUGAUGGCCAUGUAUGCCGCAUCAAUCCUGUAUUGGGAUGCAGAUGAGUCUUUACGCAAUUUUCCUCGUGUAGACUCAAAGAAGCUUUGGGAUAUGACUGAAGAGUCACUCAACCAGUCUUUUUCUUUGCCCAGAUUAAGCACAUUACAAGCUGCUGUCAUUUUCCUUGCCGGAAGACCAUGGAUUAACGUUGCCGGUAAUUGGAGCAUUUUGACGAGAGCCGUUGCUUUGGCUCUUAUUUUGGGAUUUCACUUGGAUUGUUCCGAUUGGCAAAUUCCAGAAGAAGAAAAAAUUUUGAGGAUUCGGACUUGGUGGGCCCUUUUUAUUAGUGAAAAAUGGCUUUCCAUGUAUAUUGGCAUAAACGCGAGCAUUCGACAGGAUGACUAUUUGGUCCCUCCCUUGAGCGCUACUCAAUUGUUACCAUCUGAAAACACGUAUGCUGAUUCGUUUAGAGUGUUUAUGAAAAUGUCAGAGUUGAGUGUUUUCUUACAAACAAUAUUGCAAAAUUUAUUUACCCUGAGGGCCGUCAUGAACAUGUCAAAGAAUAGACGUAGUGUGGCCCAAAAAAUCAGCAAAUACCUCGCGCAGUUGGAUGAAUUUACCGAAACAUGCCAAUUCCAAGCUGGUACACCUGGCGUGUGUUCCUUGUACUUACAAAUUGACGCUUUGGAGCUUUUACUUCGUAGGACGGCUCUCAAAAUGAAACUGACGGAUCUUAGGUUCCAAAACGAUAUGUUGGUACUUGUUGAGCGAUGUAUUACUAGAUUUUUAUCCAUAGAUGACCGAUUGUCUACUGAUUUUUUUUGGCCUUAUUCUCAGUUUUAUUUCUGCAUUCUCUCAUCUUCUAUCAUAAAAAUGUAUUUGGACUUUGAAUUUAAUGAAAACUAUAACAUGCGGAUUAUGGAUUUACUGAUUCGUUUCACAAAACAUUGCGUAUGGUUGAAACGCAGAAAUUUUGAUCUUAUUUUCAUGGCAUAUAAACGAUUAAAUGCUUUGUUGUUGGAAUUGAGCACAGACCGACCACCCAUAAAGAAAUUAUUGCAAACAGCAUUUGAAACAGGAAAACGAACAUUUGAUUCAACGAUGUAA